GGUGGGUGUGCAUGCAUGUGUUCUGCACCGUACGGGCGGAAGAAGCGCCCAAGGUCUGCAGGGAGCAUUUUUCCCGUCAGCAAAGUGGCGCAGACGGAGCUGGAGCGCAGAGAGAGCACGGAGGGGGCCGUGGACGGCAGCAGGAUGACAGUGCAGGAAUUUAACACCCUGGUCGCGCUGUACCGGGAGCAGGUCAUCUCCGUCGGGGAGAUCUCCAUCGACUGUCCGUCUCUGCGGGCUCAGAUGCACCACACGCGGUCCAAAGGAUGCUCCAUGGCCCGGGCUGCACACCAGGACCUCACCGUCAUCUCAGUUUCAGGACUCGAGGACGGGGAGAUCCACCCUGAGAUCUGUCGGCUCUUCAUCCAGCUGCAGUGCUGCCUCGAGAUGUUCAUAACAGAGAUGCUCAAAUCCAUGUGCCUGCUGGGGGUGCUGCAGCUGCACAGAAAAAGAACAGACUCUGAGCCGAGGUUGGACCUGAGGGUGGAUGAAAGCUCGGACGUUCCCAUCCUGGAAGACCGAUCUUCCUCGCCCAUAGACUUCCCGCAGGAGCAGUGGCUGGUGGGAAUGGACAUUCAGAAUAUAGAGAGCCGUUUGGUCCUGCUGCUCCAGCUCCUCAGCUGGAUAUCAGUUGGCCUGGCUUGUUUCUGUGACCGGUACCCCUGGGGAUCCUGGUCAGCCUGCAGCAAGACCUGCAACCACGGCACUCAGCACAGACACAGAAAAUUUACUUAUGAUGAUGGUUAUUUCUGGAAAAGCAGCUGCAAGCAGCUGUGUGACAAACAUGACAGCAGAGCUUGUAAUGAGCAGACCUGUCCAAUCAACUGCCUGCUGACAGAAUUUGGGCCUUGGUCCGACUGCUCUCCCUGCGCCAAGAAACAGUUACGGACGCGGUCUGUCCAGAGGCCGUCCCAGUUUGGUGGCUCGGCCUGCAGCAUGGAGCUGACAGAGGAGAGACCCUGUCACCCCUCCACAGAGUGCAAGUUACCACCCAUCGACUGCAAAGGCGACUUCAAGUGUGAUAAUGGACGCUGCAUCAACUCAACACUAACAUGCAACAGACAAAACGACUGUGGAGAUAACACUGAUGAGAAGGACUGUGGUGAUUUCAAGAUAGUGUGUCCAGCGGAGAAGAGAGUGGCCCCCGGGGCUGACCUGGUGGGAAAUGGGUUUGAUGCUCUGGCAGAGGUGCCAAGGGGAGCUGUACUGGACAACAUGUUUAUGGGAGGAAGCUGCAUUAUCAGAAGGCCGCAGUCCACGCUGCUCUACCACCGAAUCCCCCACAACUUUGAGAGCUUUGACAUUAAGGUUGGACAGGUGGAGGACUUCAGCACCGAUCCCCAGCCGCUGGAAACUGAGUCAAUCAACGUUAAUCCGACCAGUUCUCCUGGAACCAGCCAACAAGAUGGACAUGAACAAGUCCUUUUCUUCCCCAUCCCUUUCCACCCCUUAUUCUUCUACAGAAGGACCUACAUGACUCAAAUCAGCUCCAACAAGGCGGCUUUUGAAGCUUCAAAGAAAUCAGACUCCAAAUUUAUCCGGGUGAACCAGGUUCUGCCUGUGUCCACGUUCAAGGUGAGGGACCCCGAGGACCUUGUCCUGACACAGCCCUUCCUUGAGUUUCUUAAUGCUCUUCCUCUUGAGUACAACUACGCCCUCUACAGGGACAUCUUUCAGCGCUUCGGGACGCACUACUACAGUUCAGGGAAACUGGGAGGCCUCUAUGACCUGUGGUACCAAUACAGCCGAGAGGUGCUCACCAGUUCAGGUCAAACAGAAAACCACAUCAAAGGCUGCCUGGCCCAAGAGACGACCUGGACCGUCAUCCUCUACUCCCAACACAAAAGUACAAUACGAUGCGGCGACAACAGGAUGACUCAGAAAUAUGAAGGCUCAUACAUUAAGGCAGCAGAGAAGUCUUUCUCCAUGGUUAGAGGAGGUCGAACCAGAGAGGCGGCAGCUCUGGCCUGGGAGAGGCAGGGCGCCACUCCGGACAAAACAUCCUUCAAGAACUGGGCCAAGUCUCUUCUAGACAACCCUGUUGUGGUCGAAUGCAAGGUGCUUUCCAUCAUAGAUCUGGUUCGGGGGAUCCCAUGUGCUGUUACAAAGAGGAGACACCUGAGGAAGGCGCUGCUGCAGUACCAGGAGGAGUUCGAUACCUGCAAGUGCUCUCCCUGCCCCAACAACGCCAAGCCCGUUCUCUCCGGCACAGAGUGCAAAUGUAUUUGCCAAACUGGCACAUAUGGCACCAACUGUGAGACACGAGCUCCAGACUACACUUCAGAUGCGGUGGAUGGUUACUGGAGCUGCUGGGGGCCGUGGACUCGCUGUGAUGGCUCGAUGAAGAGACAUCGGACGAGGCGAUGUGAUAACCCCGCCCCCCUCAGAGGAGGCCGACCCUGCAGUGGUCCUGGGAGACACGAGGAGCCAUGUCACAUCUCCAUGUUUAAAAAACAGGAGACCUGUGAUAAUGACGAUGACUUCACUGUCGGCUGGAAGGAUGAGCUGCCUCCUGGUGUGCAGGGCUGUCUGAGGCCACAGAUUCCCGCCAACAGCUUCCUCAGGAAAGCAAAGCAGUACUAUGAAUUUGGCGAGGAUGAGGAGUUCCAGUGCUAUACUGGAUUUGACCUGGAGGGUUUUCAAUACAUCAACUGUCUUCCUGAUGGGACGUGGAGUCAACCAAGCGGAAAAUGCAUCAGGAAAGUGUGCCUUCCUCCUGAGAUCCCUGAUGGCAUGACGCUGACGCCCAACAAAGACGAGUACAAAGUUGGGGAGUCAGUGGGUUUUAACUGUGACGAGGCAGGACUGUUGCCGCAGCCACCAGGUUUAUACAAAUGUGGCAACAGUCUCACCUGGGAGCCCGCGUUACCUGCCGACCUCCGCUGCACUGAUGAGGAACCGUUUGUUCCCGACGGUCAGUGCGGUCCAGGAGAGAAAAUGCAGGGCUCUAAAUGUGUCUGUAUACAACGGGAGAGCUGCCUUUCUCAACCAGAGAGUCUCUGCAUCCUGAACUUAGAUGUCGGUGUCACCGUGCCAAUGUCCCUGUGCUCCUUCCAUGCUGGUCAUUGCCACGGUGAUCCGAUCUUCUUUGUCAACGAUGGCGCAUGUGACGCGGCUGAUUUGGCCAAACUGGAGUGGGCCAUGUUCAGAGCCAACAUGUCCUCCAAGAGCUCUGUUCAGGAGUCCUGUGAUCUCGACACGUGUUAUGAAUGGGAGACCUGCUCUGCAUCUAAGAAGUGCGAGUGCAGAGCGGCUCGAAACUGCCCCAAAGUUGACACGCACAUGUUCUGUGUGAAGCUGACAAGGACCCAGAGGACUCGCAGCAUGGACCUGUGCUCUAUGGCCGCCCUCAAAUGUGCCAGUUAUCAGUUUGAGAUUGUCAAUGAAGGCGUCUGUGCAUCCAGAUGAUCCUCAAUCAGUGGUAAUAUACUGCAUUGGUUAUUUGCUCCUGCUGUGUUUCAUUAGCAGCAGUCAGUCAUUUGAGUCUAAAUAUUGUCACAAAGCCCAUCAUUGAUGCCUGAAUGUAGCACAAAAAAACUGAUGUCAAAGGGUUAAAAGGAAAGGUACAGAGAUAAACAUUCCCCUGUCCCAACCUUUUUUUGGAAAUAUUAUGCAGGCAUCAAGUGUGUAUUUACGAUCACGCUUCAGUUAUAACAUUUAAUAUUGUUUUGGACUGUAUUGAUCCACAUCCUGUAUUCAUAAAUCCUUUGUAUGUCAAAAAUGAUUUAUAAAUCAUUGCAUUUUAGUUUGGUUUUUUUUUAGGUUUUACAGUGUCCCAACUGUCUUGGAAUUGGCAUUGUAAACAAAUGCUUCUUUAGUGGUAAACAAAUGUGUUUUAUAACAUACAGUAUAUUUUAUAACUGAGAAAAUUACAAUAUUACAGCCAAUACUGGGUGAUGUAUGCUCAAAUGAACAUUUUCUUAUGUAAAUCUAGUUAAGAUGUCUCUUUUCAGAGCAUAUUGUGCAUCACUUUAUACUGCUCACUAAUGGUCAAAGCACAAAAAAGCAAGUUUACACAUGUUGCAGGUGGCAUAUAAUAACACCAUGAGAAAAGUGAUUGUAGCUGCAGGGGUUAAUACAAGCUGUUUAAGGAAUCUCAUGUAUAAAUUUACCUGCCUUCUUUAUGACUGAGAAUGAAAUAAUACUAUAAGGAGUAGCACUACACGUUACCAAUCUCAGCUGUGGAGACACUGGUAUAGUUGUCUCUUUGUAGGACAUUUAUAUAUUGAUUUGUCUUUAUACUAUGAUUUUAUACCAUGUUUGUCUCUAGUUUACUUGAUGUUUUGUCUCUUUUAUAUGGACCCUGAGUCUGAAAUAAAGGAUUGAUGUAUUGUUUAUA